AUGGCGCACUUCAUCACCGCGCCCACCAUCCGGUUUGAGCACGCGGCCCUCAGCGCGCCGAUUGAGCUCGAGCACCUUCCGGAUGCUGGGCCGGAGGUCAUGGACGCAGACGGCACCUUUGCCCGCCUUUGGCCGACGGCGCUGGUGCUCUCCAACUGGCUGUGCGAGCACCCGGAGGUGGUCGCCGGAAAGCGCGUCGUGGAACUGGGAUCCGGGACGGGUGUCGUCGGGCUCGUCUGCGCCGCGCUCGGGGCAGCCUCGGUGACGCUCACCGACAUGCCCGACGCUCUCGAGCUGAUCCGAAGGAAUGCGGCGCUCAGCCGGCAAAAGGGCGCGGUGACGGUGGCCCCGUGCACGUGGGGCGACGCGGAUCACCUCGCCGACCUGCUGCGCGGCGGCGGCGGCUUCGACGUCGUCCUCUGCUGCUUGUUGGUUUUCAAAAAUCUCUCGCCCUCACGAGUGGGGUCUGGCCACUCUGCUCUCUGGCGGCGGUGGCCGCGGGCCUUUUGUCGCUUGUUUGUGUCGACUUUGAUAUGGCAUAUGCGUGGCGCGUGUAGGCUCCGCUGA